AUGAACGAUCCAGUAGCCUUGCACCAUGCACCGGGAGCCGCGGCUGCUCCUGAACAAGAGCAUCGCCGAAACCUGGGAAAGCUUUACAAAAUGCUCGCUAUCGCUGUCUUGGCAUGUCUCGCCAUGGUGUUGCAGGCCACUUCAUGGCUCCUUGAAACGUACCAAGACGAACUAGUAGAACACCAACGGCAACGUCGUCGUCAUAGAUUGAAGGCUGACGAUGAGAGAAGAGACGCGGAAAAUUUUGUUCAAGGAGAACAGGAAGAUGGCGCUAUCGAUUCCAAGGCGACGGUGCAUGAUUCGGAACCAACCCGGGCGGAAACGCUGCACGUGCGCAAGCACUUGGCCGAUACCGGGUCAUCGCGCGCCACGGCGGCACAAGCCUACUGGAAUAGGGCCGUACCCGCGUUAGCAUCGUGGGACAGCAUAGCUACAACCAAUUCUCGGUCGUCACUCGUAGCCCGAUCAAAUUUGAUGUUGGAGGGUUCUAUGAUGGAUGAUCAGUCGUCUUGGGAUGAUUUUAUGACUGCCCGAAACGGUAAAAACCGAACGGCCGAUAGCUGGCACGCCAUGCAACAGGCUGCCGCUUUGGGACAUCAGCAGGCACAACUAUACGUUGCUCACACUUUGACAGCUGGAUUCGGAUGGACUCACCAAAGCACUGCCACGGUUAGUGAGGGAUUAGAGCUCCAAUUGGAUGAUCCUAUGCUCCAUUCCUUGCUGUUUGAUGGUGACAACCAAACAAAACUUGUUCUACAAGAAUCGUGGAUUGAGUCGUCGCAGGCGCAAUCGCCGCAACAUUAUCGGCAACAGGUCCAAGCGUGGUUAUACUGGUACAUGUCGGCAAAACAAGGGAAUGUGGAGGCCAUGCUGGCGUUGGGACACCGGAUGGAUCGGUUGCGCGACCAAAAUCCUUCCAGUUUUACUUGUCAAGACGUGUUGCCGUAUUAUCAAGAAGCCGCAAACGCUAUUAUCGACGAGCUCGAGGUCUCUCCUUUGCGUGCAAAAGUCAUGCCACCUUGGGAAGCACACGAUCUAUCUAAAGUUCAUCUCUAUGGCGGGACGUCCUCUAAAUUGGACUACGUCAACAAACCCGACGAAAAACAAGAAGCGCUCCAAUUCUAUCACGCUCGGGCGACGCAAAAGAGUCUUAGUUCCAGUAAAAACGCAGCUGACGUGAACGCUGCCGCACAGGCCGCGUACAAACUUGGUAAUCUAUACCAGUUCGGUAUUAAAGGCGUGGAACAAAAUUUGACAUUGGCCAUUUCAUACUACGAACUUGCCGCCUUGGCGGGCCACUGGGAAGCUGCUGGCCAAGCGGGAAAAAUGUUUCUUUGGGGUAUGGGCGUACCUCAGGAUGCCUACAAGGCACACAAAAUGUUUCGGAUCGGCAUGCCUUGGAGUGUCGAAACAUGCCACCGCAAAUACGAACAAAAACAAGCGAGAGCCCGUUUACAAAAGCACAAGGAACAUGCAAAUACCAACGAUCCGGUAUAUCUCUGCGAAGACCAGUGUCUGAAUGGAAUGGGUUUGUUACGGUUGCUUGGAUUGCCCAUGAUAGUGUCAUUAGAUGUGGAAAUUGCCGAGCGACUUUUUGUCCUGGCGAAGGAACAAGGAAAUAUUGACGCGCGAUACAAUCUAGCCAUGAUGAAAUUGGGUUGGAAAACCCACUUUCAGUCCAUUCACAAAUUAGAGGAUAGUGGACAGACAAGUUUGGAAGACAGCUUUUUUCCAAUGUCGCAACUUGUGAGUGGUCAUCCCACUCAGGCCGAGUAUAAUUCGAUUCUAAUGGACUUGAUGGAGGCUUCGCGACACAAACAUGUUCAAGCCAAACACCGACUAGCUCUACUACACGCUGAAGGUGUCCGCAUCAUGCACAAGGGCAACAAUCUCGCCGCUGUGAGCAAAGAUUGCGAGAAGUCUCUGAAGCACUUUCAGUGGGUUACUGAAAACGCGUCUCCCUGGUUGAGUUUACGUAUGCGGGCUGCGUACAAGCGGUAUACGGCUGGCGAUGAAGAAGGCGCGUUGAAGAAUUAUUUGGCCGCGGCCGAAACGGGCUCGGAACUAGCUCAACGCAACGCGGCCUUUUUGUUGGAACGUGGAACGUGUCUGGGAUUGUCCAAGGUCAAUUGCGCCAAGGCUGCUGUAAGGUUAUGGAAGGCUGCUGCCGAUAAAGGUCACGUUGAAGCGAACGUCCGGGUCGGCGAUUUCUACUACUAUGGACGAUUCCGGGAAGAGAGAAGCUUUGUGGGACCAUUCGGCUGGAUCCACUACUUGUUGUACCCGGAGGAUGGCUUGCGGGAUCUCUUGCAGGUAGCAAAGGAGCUGCUGCGUCCAAUUAUUUUUACUCGACAAGUUGAGCGAGAAGGUUAUUCCGAUGACAGCGACGAGUCCGUUUGUGAGAUUGCGGAUGACAGCACGGAUUCGGCUUGCCCUACCUGUUCUAUUGAAGGCGCUUAUGCUCUCGCCGACGACGAGCACAGUUUAGAAAAGGAUUUGUCAAUGGCGGUUCGGUAUUAUCGAUCCGCGGUGGAACGAUCGGGUAGUGCACGGGCGAACUUUAAUUUGGGCUUUCUUUACGAAUGGGGUUUGGGUGUCAAGCAGGAUUUUCCCUUGGCCAAACGUCACUACGACAAUGCUGUCGCCGGGAUUGGUUUGGAGGCUCAGAUUCCUGUGUCAAUUGCCUUGUACUUUUUGCGAUGGCACCAAUGGAUUUUAAAACAACGUGUAUACGCCGGUGGUCUAUGGAGCAAACUCCGAUCGGAAGUACAAGAGGAACGAGGACGGCAAGAGCACAGCACCCAGCAGAAAGAAAAUAUUCCUACCCCAUCCAUCGAGAAACGGCAAGCAGGGCAACCAAUUCCGGGCCCAAACCACCUAUCCAAAACCAGAAUGGAUGUGAUCGUGUCCCAUGUAUUCAGCUGGGAGAGUGCGCUCAUUCUGGUUUUGACCGUCUUGCUGUCGUUACUGUUACGAAUUCGACCAACUCCAAGAUAGUGCCCUUUCUGUAUUCUACGACUAGAACAUUUUGAAAA